AUGACGACCGAACAACAAAAAAUAAAUACCCAACACUGCGCCUUCUGCAAUCACCUCCUACUAGCCACAACCCUAGACCUGAACAAACUCCCACGACGGGGAGGCGAAUCAAAAGAUAACGCAAUAAUCCUUCCACUGGAGCACCAGUCGCACGAAGAGCCCGAAGAAGAAUCCUCAAAAUCCCAAUUAUCCGCAAAGCACCUUUCCCUAUUACUUUCAACAACGAUACCAGAUCGACGCGCAACACUAGUCCGACGGGAAGACGGAAUCGAAAAGCGCAUUCUAUUACGAUGUGGACGGUGUCGAGUUAUUAUGGGAUAUUUCCUUGAUGAUGUGCACUAUCCUACAUCUACUACAUCUGCCUCCCAUGUAACUGAUCAUGAGGACGAGGAUGAGUUUUCGAGACCGGGUAAGAAUGCUCGCGCAGUUUACAUUCUUCCUGGGGCGGUUUCACGGACUGAGGAUAUGGAGGGUGGGAAGUCUGGUCGGGAGUGGAUUGGAUGGGAUCGGGAGGAGAGAUAA